GCGGAGCCGGGGCUUCGCCUGUGACUUCGGCUUCUCCCCGCACAGCUCCGAGAGGCGCCGGCACCGCUUGAAGGGACCGGGGCGGUUUUACCCGGCCGGCGGCAGCUGGGGCGGAACCCGGGAGGAGCGGCGGAGAGGCACCCCCGAGGCGGCGUCCAUCCCGCCGCCGGCCAGCCCGUCCCUGCCCGGCUCGGCGCGUCCCCCCGCGGCCCGCCGCCGCCCCGGGCCAUGGGCCGGCCCGCCUGAGAGCCGGGGGGACCGGCCGGAGCUGCCCGCGGGGCCGCAGGACUCCCGGAGCGGGGGAAGAUGCUCUCGGCGGGGCGGACGGGGGCCUUCCUCCUCCUCUGCGGGGCUGCCUUUGGUCUCUACUUCCCCAGGAAAGAGUACUCGGAGAAUGUCUACAUUGAUCAGCCAGCAGGUACACCACUCCUGCGCAUCCACGCCUUGAGGGAUUCACAUGGGGAAGUGGCCCACUUUCAUCUGUGCCAGAAUCUCAUCAUUUCUCGAGCAAGAUCCCAUGAAAAUCACUGGUUUCAAAUCAGAGAAAAAACAGGACUUCUCUACCUCAGCAAAAGCCUGGAUAGAGAAGACUUUAACAUCUUGUCUGUAGGAAACUGGAUGCCAUUAUCAAAGGUGAUGCUGUACGUCUUCCUUUCAUCCCACCCUUUCCAAGAGAAGGAAUGCGACUCUGCUACGCGCACCACGGUUUUCCUGUCCUUGAUCAAUGCUACUGCACCAGCGUGCAGCUCCCUGACAGCAAGGCAGCUUUGCUUCACAGAAAUGGAUCUCUCCUUUCACAUCAAAGAGAAUAAACCACCAGGCACAUUUCAUCAGCUCCAGUUACCCUCAGUUCAUCAUCUGUGUCAGAACCUCAGCAUUUCCUACAAACUGCUGGCAGCCGAAGGUCUGCCCUUUCGAUACACUGAGAACACCACCGGCGUGAGUGUGACACAGCGCUUGGAUCGAGAGGAGAGGGAGAGAUAUGAGCUGAUUGCCAAAUGUACCGUGAGAGAGGGCUUCAGAGAAAUGCAGGUCGAGGUGCCCUUCCUGGUGAACGUGUUAGAUGAGGAUGACUCUCCUCCCUUCCUUCCCAAUGGCACUGAUACUACAGAGGCUGUCGUGGAGUUCAACAGGAAAGAGGGAACUGUCCUUGCAACGCUAACAGUAUACGAUGCAGACACCACGCCUAUUUAUCCCCUUGAAAGCAGCAGAAAGAAAUACACAGGAACCAUCAUUACCGAUGACCCCUGGAUAAGCGAAACGUUUCGGGUAGAGCACAUCUUCGAUGAAAUCCACUUCAGCCCAAAUGGCAGCCAAGUGAGGGGAACCCAACACGAGUACAAACUGGUACUGAAUAAAAGUAUUUCAGUCACAGAGCAUCGUUCCUUCCAGUUGGAUGUUUUGGUGAAUGACACAGAGUUUCAUGGCCCAGAAAGAUCAGUGAUGCUUCAUUUCAACGUCUCCAUCCUCCCUGUCAGCAUUCAGUUUUCAAACACGACGUACCAGUUCACAGUGAACAGAAAUGCUGAACGAUUUGCACAAAUAGGAAAAAUCUGCAUCGAAAACUGUAUGAAAUUCCGUGGUGUGAACAUCACCUACAAGUUACUGUCCCCCAAUGGGAGCUGCUAUCCUGUCAGCAUACUUCAAGGCCGAGAAGACAAAUGGGGAAGCCUUUAUGUGAAUGAUUCCUCCGUGCUACGCAAACCCGAAUGCAAGGAAAUACAAUACACUAUCCAAGCUACCGACAAGCAGAGCAGGAAACAUACCAAAACCCUCCUCACUAUUGUAUUGGAAGGAACUCUUUUAAAAAAAGAGGAGGACUGCCCUGACUCUUGUGCUGUGAGUAAGCACCAUGCUGAAUGUGAAGAGUGUGGUGGCCUGGGAGUGCUGACAGGAAGAUGCCAGUGGAGACAGGGGAGUGGAAAAGGGAUCACCACAAACUAUUCCACGUGCACCCCAAGUAUCAAGACUUGUCCAGAUGGCACCUGUGAUGCGGUUGAGAGCAAAGAUCCAGCUGUGUGCCCCCAAGACUGCACAAGUGGCAACAUUAUCGGUGGUCAUGGGAAAGGCAUUGGAAAUCUUGGAAUUAAGUCAGGACAUGGGAUUUGCUACUGCUUCCCAAGACAGAACUGCUAUUGUGAGAAAGAUGAUAUCAAGGAGCAACUAUGUGAUGAUGUGUGCAAGACUGUGAUAGCAGGGGCAGUGUUGCUGUCCUUCAUCAUCUCCGUGCUGCUCUCUUCCUACUUCAUCCAUCGUUACCACAAGAAUUCUCCAAAGCCACCUAUUGCCUCUGCAGAAAUGACGUUCCGGCGCCCAGCACAGUCCUACCCCAUCAGUUAUUCUUCCACUAACGUCCGCCGGCCUUCUUUGGAUUCCAUGGAGAACCAGGUGUCUGUAGACACCUUUAAAAUACCAGAAGAUCCAAAGUGGGAAUUCCCUCGGAAGAACCUGGUUCUGGGCAAGACUCUUGGAGAAGGAGAAUUUGGAAAGGUGGUCAAGGCAACAGCAUUCCGCCUCAAGGGAAGAGCUGGCUAUACCACUGUGGCAGUGAAAAUGCUAAAAGAAAAUGCUUCCCAGAGUGAGCUGCGAGAUCUACUUUCAGAGUUCAACCUUUUGAAACAGGUGAACCAUCCUCAUGUCAUCAAACUUUAUGGAGCCUGCAGCCAAGACGGCCCGCUGUAUUUAAUUGUGGAAUAUGCUAAAUACGGCUCCUUGCGCAGCUUUCUCAGGGAAAGCCGAAAAGUAGGACCAAGCUACGUGGGUAGUGACAGCAACAGAAACUCAAGUUAUUUGGAUAACCCCGAUGAGAGAGCCUUAACGAUGGGGGAUCUGAUCUCGUUUGCAUGGCAGAUCUCACGAGGAAUGCAGUACCUUGCAGAAAUGAAGCUUGUCCAUCGUGAUUUAGCAGCCAGAAAUGUAUUGGUGGCAGAAGGGCGCAAAAUGAAGAUUUCUGACUUUGGCCUCUCCCGUGACGUAUAUGAAGAAGAUUCAUACGUCAAGAGGAGCAAGGGUCGCAUACCUGUUAAAUGGAUGGCCAUAGAGUCCCUCUUUGAUCAUAUCUAUACAACACAAAGUGAUGUAUGGUCAUUUGGAGUUCUGCUAUGGGAGAUUGUAACAUUGGGAGGCAAUCCCUACCCAGGUAUCGCUCCUGAAAGACUCUUUAACCUCCUAAAAACAGGCUACAGAAUGGAGAGACCAGAAAACUGCAGUGAAGAAAUGUACAACCUGAUGUUGCGCUGUUGGAAGCAAGAACCCGAUAAAAGACCAACAUUUGCUGAGAUCAGCAAGGAACUAGAGAAAAUGAUGGUGAAGAGUAGGGACUACUUAGAUCUUGCAGCUUCCACACCGUCUGAUUCCUUACUUUACGAUGAUGGGCUCUCAGAAGAGGAGACACCACUCGUGGACUGUAAUAAUGCUCCCCUCCCUCGAACCCUCCCUUCCACAUGGAUUGAAAACAAACUCUAUGGCAUGUCAUACCCGAACUGGCCUGAGGAGAGCCCCGUUCCACUCACAAGAUUCGAUGGCACUAACUCUGUGUUUUCAAGAUAUGCAAAUGAUAGUGUAUAUGCUAACUGGAUGGUUUCACACUCAGCGGCAAAAUUUAUGGACAAGUUUGAUAGCUAAAAUUUUCUUUGUGAAAGGUAACGGACUCCUGAGGGGAACAAAGAUGCAAAGAAUGGAAAGUCCAUUGGCUCGUUCUUUGUACAAUCAACAACAAACUUUUGAAUUGGCAAACCCUUUUAUUGGUCGUUUCUAAAGUGUGUUGUUCAUGCUGAAGACUAUAAUUGGUGAUUUCCCCUUUCAGAAAACAUAUCAAGCUGGAUAAGAGUUGUAGUUCCAGUACUCCUUUCUAGAUUGCCAUUUUGCAUAUGGUUCCGUUUGGCAACUUCUGACUGCAAAUGGCCCCGCACUUCAUUCUCGCUGUUUUUUUAGACUAACCAUCCUGUGUUACAGCUUUCUUGGAUGGGAAAAUGUACUUGAACUGCUACUUUUAUAGUGGCUGUUAGUGUACGACCACUUGAUCUAAGCAGGAAGCACAAACAAUAUAUGGAAGGGAGGGGGGAAAUAUGCUCCCAAAUCACUGAGCUUGCUAUCAAAUGAGAAGCGUUGCAAUGAUGUUGGCACUAACAAAGCCUGUAUCUUGGUUUGGAAGCAAACAUUAAAUAACUCAAUAGAGGACUUGAGAUUCAACAUUUGAAGUCUUGUAAAAUGUAUUGUCUUGUCUUAAUGAGAAGAGAGUUUGUUUUAUUAGUCUUAACUUCUCUUACCUUUAGCACAAUGGAGAUAAAUUUGAUACAAGAUAAGCUGUAUAGACUGAUGGCAAUCAAGAGUGUUCAUCUGACAUCAUUUACUUUCCAUCACCUACAUCUUACUAACGUUAAAACGUACAAUCUCGUACGAUCAUAAUUCCUCUUAUGAGUUCAAAAUAGACUGUACAGGAUUUUUAGAUUGAAUUCCAGUAAAGAGAUUUCAUUUGCAGUCAUGUUCAGUGAGUUGGAGUCCUCCUCUCAGCUUCAAAUCGGAUACACUGCCAUGCACAGGACGCGGCCAUGACAUAGCUCCAAAUAAACCUAUUACCUUGAAAGUCAUGAGUAAACAACACUUGCACAGCAAAAUUCAUCUAAAACUCUACUGUUAAUGAAACUAUACAAGGAAAAUGUCGUCGGAGUUUGUUAAGGUGAAAUAUAAAAAUGUUGUGCUUACAACACUGACUUGAUAUUUGGGAGAACGAUCUGACUGUGGGUUGUGUGUUCUGUGUGGAAGAGUAAAUGAUCAGCACUACUUUUGCCUUUAUUUGUAAUCCAAUAUGGUUAAAGAUAACUUUCUGUUUGCUACAAAUGUUGGGACGUAAAUCCCAAGUGACUCGUUGUUAGCGUCGUGACGGUUAUCCUAAAUAAUCCAAUUCUACCAAAGCUUGCUCCUGUCACUUACAAUCCAGUUUAGCUGUUUUCAGAUGUUGUUUUGUGUAUCAACUUUAUGUUUCCAUUAAAGUCUGUGAUUUCAGAAACAAGAGAGUCAGACUG